CUCUCUCUCUCUCUUCCUCGUCGCGCCAGUUGAAUCUCUCUCUCUCUCGUUGGCGUCAAUCUCGAAACCCUAGGAAUCGGUUUCCCCCCCGCCCCCCAGGAGCGAGAUUGUCCCUCGGAUCAUCUGCGAGGCGAUGCGUCUAUGUCGGUGUAAUCUCGUCAAGGUCGCCGAAUGUUGACCCCGAGCAGGUCAGCCCCUCGAUGAACCUCUCUCGCUCCCGUCGUCGUUUGGUGCAUUCGCGUUUUGCGUUCUCUUGACUUUCCUGAGCUGAAUUCUGGUUGCGCUUCGGGUGCCGAGCUUGGUUUCCACGUCGAUUCCAUGGUGCAUUGCGUUUCCGCGUGCCUCGACGUGUUCGCGGACCUUCUGUGCGGUCGGUGAUCGAGAAUUUUUCGACGUCGUUGCUUGGCUGCCCCCCGCUGCCCCUUAGUGUUUAUCCGAUUUAGAGCAAUGCGGUACUUGGGUUGCUGCUGAAAUGGUUAGCAGGAACCAUUGCGCUCGCAAUGAUAGUUGCUGUCCAGUCCUGAUUCUUUAUCCUUCGCAAUGCAAUUAGCACCUAAUGAUAGUCAUGGGGAAGAUUCUUCAGAAAAUGUACCCAUUUUGCAGCGGACUGAUGUUGUGGAGAGAUCUGAAGGAUCUUCGUCUUCAUCUGAAAUAACAACUGCCGGAGGGGAAUUUGCUGUAUCUGUUGAUGAUUUAGAAAAUGAUGAUGUCGAUGAAACUUGCAGUUUGGUUCAUACAGACCAACCACAGUGUCGCAUAUGCCUUGAUAAUGGAGGAGAAGACUUGAUUGCUCCAUGCCAUUGCAAAGGAACCCAAAAAUAUGUCCAUAGAUCAUGUCUUGAUAAUUGGAGGUCCACGAAGGAGGGUUUUGCUUUUUCUCACUGUACAGAGUGCAGGGCAGUUUUUCUGCUUCGUGCAAAUGUGCCAACUGAUCGCUGGUGGCUGAGAUUGAAAUUCCAAUUCCUCGUCGCUCGGGAUCACGCACUCAUAUUUAUAGUCGUUCAGCUGAUUGUUGCAUCCUUGGGUGUGCUGGUAUACAAGUUCUAUGGAGAGGAAUUAAGGGAAAUGUUUGGUUACGAAGAACACCCAUAUGGCUUCUACACAAUGGCUGUGCUGGCUAUUGUUUUGGUGGGUUUGCUCUAUGGCUUCUUUAUAGCGAUAAUAUGUGGACAGAGGAUCAAUGAACGCCAUUAUCAUGUUCUUGCCAAACAAGAACUGACAAAGGAAUAUGUAGUUGAAGACCGUGAAAAAAUGAAGGAUGUCCCUGAACUCGAUCCUAGCCAUGUGUCGGAGUUGCGAAUGUUGGGCCUUUAUUAGCUCAAAGAUAAUUGUGAAAUUCGAUUGUGUUCAUAUGUCCAAUUUGCUCCUUUGGUUGGUUGGUUGGUUCGUACAUGUGCUUGAAACUAGGAACCAGAAGUUGUUAUCCUGUUUGAGCGUGCAACACACUGUAAGAUUCAAAAAAACUUCACAGCUGUAAAAAGUGUCGGUCACCGUACAGAUUUUCGUACUUUGUUAAUGCAUUAGCAGUCGGAUAGAUGAACUGAUACGAAAAUUUGGGGAUAAGAGCAGGAGGAAAAAAGAAUUCUUUCGUCUCGUGACUUUUUGGUACGUGAAGCAUGUGCUUCUACUCCUUGGCCAGGAUCAGUGUAGAAUGAAAAUGUUUGUUUAAUCCUUUUUGCUUUUUGACAUUUUUCAUUGGCUGGUGCUUCAA